GAUUAACCUUUAAGGUGUAUCCGCGCAUGUGGGGAUCAAGCGCGAGCGCGUAUUUUCAGUAAUCUUUGUUUUUUUGUAUGUAUAGACCCCUCAGCACGUGCCGGUUAACGUUAAUCCCUUGAAGACAUCAAAUUUACCGAUACAUCCGCGUGAGAUUUGAAGGCAGUUUGAAGCCAUGAUUUCAUUUCAUGUGGAGUCUUGAUGAACAGGAGCCGGUCAUGAGCGCGAGCAAUGGCUAGAAGACCCGAGCGAGUAUAGAGCAGAAGUGUAGUGCCAUGGAGGAUGCCCAGUCCAGACCCCAUUCAGCUCACUCCACAUACUCACAGAGGACUGAGGAUGCAGCCUCCGUCUUGGGGAAUCAUGCUGAACAUCACCUUACUGUCAGUCAGACAGUCCUUGUGGUUCCAAAGCGCCCAGAGAGCCCCAAUCCGAGUGUGACUGAGGAGACGACCUAUGUCCCACGGCCGGUGUCUUCAGUUGACGCAUACACCAACACAGACCCUCCGUACGAAUGCUGCCCUUGGCUGCGCAGACUAUGCCCGUGCCCGCCCAGAGGCCUGCUGGCUGCAAUUAUCACCAAAGUGACCAUGGCUGCUGUGCUCUUUGGGGUGGUGUGGUCCAUUACAGAGAAGGAAUGUCUCCCGGGCGGGAAUCUCUUUGGCAUUGUGACCUUGUUUAUUUGUUCCGUGGCCGGCGGAAAGCUGUUUGGACGCAUACAUUUGCCGAACAUGCCACCUUUACCUCCCCUUCUUGGCAUGCUGCUGGCAGGCUUUAUCCUCAGAAACAUCCCUGUGGUGACAGAUGCAGUUUACAUUGAUAUUAGAUGGUCCUCUUCUCUGAGGAACAUUGCCCUGGGUGUCAUUCUAGUCAAGGCUGGGUUACAAUUAGACGGCAAGGCUCUGAAGAAGCUGAAAGCUGUGUGUUUGCGUUUGUCCAUGUUCCCUCUGACCUUUGAGGCAACCACUAUGGCUGUGGUCUCUUAUUUAAUACUGGGUCUUCCAUGGGUCUGGGGCUUUAUUUUAGGGUUUGUUCUUGGGGCUGUUUCUCCUGCUGUUGUGGUUCCGUCCAUGCUGCUUCUGCAUAAGGAAGGGUAUGGUUUAGAGCAGGGUAUACCUACUCUUCUCAUGGCUGCAUGUAGCGUCGAUGACAUCAUUGCCAUUACCUGCUUCACCACCUGCCUGGGCAUAGCUUUCGCCACAGGUGCAGUAUGGUUAAACGUGCUGAGGGGACCACUGGAGGUGUUAGGUGGUGCGGUCACUGGUGUGGCCUUGGGGUACUUUCUACAUUACUUCCCCAGCAGAGACCAGGGAAACCUCGUCCUGAAACGCUCCUUCCUGGUGUUGGGGCUGUCCGUGUUUGCUUUGUUUGGCAGUAAUGUGGCCGGGAUUCCUGGUGCAGGAGGUCUUUGUACACUGGUGCUGGCAUUUGUGGCUGGAAUAGGUUGGGGAAAAAAUAAGGCACCGGUGGAAGAGGUAGUGGAAAGGUUUUGGCAUGUGUUCCAGCCUCUUCUCUUUGGUCUCAUUGGCGCUGAGAUUGUUAUUAGUUCUUUGGAGGUCACGACUGUGUUUCUGGGUAUAGCAGCCCUGCUCAUCGCACUCACGGUACGGCUGCUCAUCACUUUUGUUGCGGUACUGCGAGCUGGCUUUAACCUGAAAGAGAAAGUCUUUAUCGCUCUAGCCUGGAUGCCGAAAGCCACAGUACAGGCUGCCAUAGGCUCUACAGCUCUAGACAUGGCACGCUCCAAGAAUGACCUUGAGUUGCAGAAGUACGGCAUGGAUGUCCUCACUGUGGCUGUGCUGUCCAUUCUCAUCACCGCUCCUAUUGGAGCGCUUCUCAUCAGUCUGCUUGGCCCUCGACUCCUGCAAAAACCAAAGAACCCUGAGUGGGCUGUCAGUCAAGGUGCUUUGUCUGCAUCAGGGACACCGGUGACAUACGAAAGUGCCCUGUGAUGUUUCUGAAAGGCUUCUGGGAAGUGACACCCCAGCGUCCAAGGCUGCUGAUCAUCCUUUUUGUCCUCAAAUUUUGAUUCACAAACUGGUUAUUACUAUGACCCUCUGAAGUCAGAGUGCAAAAGUGGCAGACAUGAUUUCAGAUGAAGCAACCCAACUUGUUUUUUUUACCUUCCAAGGUGAAUGAAAAUCAUUUGCAGUAUUUCUUUUACAGAUGAGAAGUUACAAGUUAAUAUUCUCCUCCAAAACGUAGGAUUUUAAAGGAUUACGCUAUGCUAAGGAUUGAUGUUCUUAUAAACUGUUGUUUAUGAAUAUAUUUUUUUUCUAACUGACUAAUAUUUGUGUUGAUAGUAUUUAUAAAAUUAGAUAUUCCAGACAUUAAUAUAUCAGUCUGCAGUGAUUGCAUAUUAGUUUUACAGAAAGUCAUAUAGUGGCCAGUGUUGUCAUGACUAUGUUCGGACGGAAUACUAGCUAUUUUCACUGUGCUGUAUAUACUGUAUACUAUGGAAGCUUUUUUCCGCCACAGAAUAAAAAAAAUGAAAUGGAUAAUUGCGACUUUUUAUCUCACAAUUCUGAUUUUUUUUUCUCACAAUUGCGAGUUUACAUCUCGUAAUUCUGAAUUCUUUUCUCAGAAUUGUGAUAUAAACUCGCGAUUGUGAGUUAAAGUCCAAUAUACUUUUUUUUCCUAGAAUUGUGAGUUUAUAUCUCACAAUUCUGACUUUAUAACUCGCAGUUGCGUGUUUAUAAAGUCAGAAUUGCGAGAUAUACUCACUAUUCUGAGGAAAAAAGCAAUUUUGACUUGUUUUCUCGCAAUUUUGACUUUUGUAUCACGCAUUUCUGACUUUAUAACUAGCAAUUUUAUGUUUAACCCCUGGUUUCACUGACAAGGCUUAAGCUAGUCCCAGACUAAAAUGCAUGUUUGAGCUUAAAAUAUGUCAAUGCCAUUGUUUUGUCUCAAGAUGCACACCAGUAAUGUUUUUUUCUACGGUACAUUUAUAAAAGCAACUUAAAUACCCUAAUUGAACUAAGGCCUAAUCCUGGCUUAGUCUAAGCCCUGUUUGUGAAACCGGGCCUAUAUCUCGCAAUUCUGAUGUUAUAACUCGCAAUUGCGUGAACAUAAGUCAGAAAUUGCAAGUUUAUAUAUCCCAAUUCUGACUUUAUAACACGCCAUUGCGACUUUAUAUCACGCGAUUAUGAAUUUAUAACUCGCAAUUGCACGUUUGUAUCUCAAUUCUGAGAAAAAGGUCAAUUGCGAGGAAAAAAAGUCAGAAUCUAUGAGAUUAAAAAGUCGCAAUUACCUUUUAAAUUUUUUAUUCAGUGGUGGAAACAAGCUUCAAUAGUAUACAGCCUUCCAUUUCUAUUUUUAUAUAGUUAAAAUGUCACACAACAUGUCUUUGAAAAAAAAAAGUCUCAGUAUUUGGCAGUCUGAUCAGAUAAUGAGCCUUGAAAGAGGUUUCUUUCAGUUCACCCAUCAACCUGGAAAUGGAAGGUCAAGUUGAGUGUAUUUUGGCAAAUGUAGUACUUCAUCUGAGUAUUGUAGGCUUACAGCAACAAUAGUAAGAACAGUAUGGUAACUAUUCCGAGCAUAGUCAUGGACCUGCAUUCUGAGAUUCAGAGUUUUUGCAGGUAUCUUGUCAGCCCUGUUGCACAUACAGUACACUCAAAUACUGUUGCUGUAAAAAUUCUGAAGUCAGUUUAGAGCUCAAUAACAUUUUGUGUUUACAGUGAAAGUCAUUUUAGAACCUAAAGAAAGAUAUAGGGAUUUUUUUUUUAUUAGAAGUAGAAAGAAAAAUCAUAUAUUUCCCGUUGCACAGUUCAUCAUGUUUCUUUUCAUGAGCCAUAUUUAUUUUGAAAUUUUUUCAUGUUUUUUUUUUUUUUUUUUUGUCAUAAAAUGUGUAUUUGAAUGUUAUACAGAGUCAUGUGAAGGGAACACUAUUAGUGGACUGAGUUUACUGCUUUUGUAUUGUGAUUUUACCUCCUAGUAUUGGUAAUGCUGCAUACAGUCAUUUUUAAUUUAAGCUAUUAAAUGACUACUGUUAAAUGUAUUAGACCCUAUUUAUUUACUGUAUGAUGUAUGUGUAGUUAUUUUUAUUGAUAGAUGUAUUGCUGCAGAAAAUGUGUGACAUGCCUUCUAAGUAAAUGACAGGCAAAACCCCCUGCUUGCAUUUGGAAGCAUAUCUUGUUAUAUCAUCAAAGGCAAAGCAGAUGUAAAUAAGCAACACUGUUACUUCAAAGACAUGGAGCAUCAGCAUAGUAAAGUUGCACUAUUGUGUGUUUUAGGAAACGUACACAGAAGAAACAAACUGUUACAUGGCAUCACACAUUCAUCAGUCACAUUCAGAAUAAUAGAUAAGAAAAAUAGCAUUUAGAUUAACAAGAAUUUUCAGGAAGAUAAAACAAGUUUGAUUACCUUUUAUUUUACAAAAUUUAUUAGGCACAUUCCAGUUAUCAUACAAAUGUACUUUAUGAAAACAUCUAUGAACAAGGUCUGUCAAAUAUGAAACCAAGUGACACGAGAAAAAAUGUGUGAAAACCAAGGGAUUGUCAAGCUAUUUAAAACUUUUGAAUUUGAAUGAAUGCACAUAUAAUAUGAAUUGUAAUUGUUGCAGCAUGUUGGUUCAGGUGGACAGUGAAAAGAGGGCACAUUUCUUUGUUACAUUAUGAUAAAUGUUGUAAUAUAUAAAUAAUGUGUAACAAUAGCUUUGUUACAAUCUCAGGCAAUGGGGAAUGUUUGUAGGUAUAUGAACAAAAGUCAAGUUUAGUAUCCUGCACUUGAAAAUGUUAAAAAUAAUUUAGCAAACAUUUUAGAACUCUUGUUGGUUAAGGAAUAAUGCUGUAGAAAAUGGCAAACAAGUAAAAACAACAAAAGCAAAUCCUAAUAAUGUACUUCACAUAGAAAAGUUAAAAGUAUGUGACCUUUUUUUUUUUUUUUUUUUUUUUUUUUCAUUUUACAAAA